ACGCUCCACAUCCUCCCCAGUCCCCACAGCUGGAUCACCAAGCUCGAUUGAGUCCUCACUAAGCUUGCAUUGCUCAGUCGCCCGCACGCCUCCGAUCCACGCCUAGUAACUUGCUAGCUCACCGCAUGGGUCUGGAGAUGAUCAUGGCGAGGGACGGGCAGCUGCCGCGCUGGGCGUGCCGGUACCAGCGCCUGCGCGGCGAGCUCGGCGGCGGAGGCGACGGCGAGGGGGACGUCGAGGUCGUCAGGAGCGCUGCCAUGGCGAGGCGGCCGCGGCCGCUGCGGCUGCGGAGGAGGAGCUGCAAGGCGGCCGGGAUGAGGUGGAGGGCAGCGACGGUGGCCAGCGGCGGGAAGGCGCUGCGGCUGCGGCUGCGGUUGAUGCGGCUGGUGCUCCUGCUCCCCGCGCGGCGGCUGGCCGCGCUGGUCGCGGAGCUCGUGCGGCGCCUGGCGGCGGCGAGCGCGGCGGCCGACUGCCCCGCCAUCGUGUUCUCCUCGCAGUGGGGGCUUCCCGUGCUGUCGCACUCCGCGAGCACCAGCAGGAGCUCCAGGCUGCGGGCGUUCUACCUCGAGAGGAGCCUCUCCGCCGGCUCCGGCGCCGGCUCCCCGUGCUGACGCGACCAAGAACACAAGCCGGCCAUUUCCGACGCCGGCCAUGCCACGUAGACGAAUGCGUGGCUGGUCACGAGCAGCAGUGCGAAGCCUCGGAUACCAACCACUUCCCCCAUUGUAGUAAUCAUGGAACGGAGGGCUUCUCUCAGUACGCCAUGCACAUGGCUAGCUAGCUUUGCAACACUGUACUGUACUCUCCAAGUACUUUGGAUACGUUUAACUAAGCAACAACUUGCGAUUCA